GUGGGAACCGUGGUGGAGGAGGCCGAUACUUUCGAGGCGCCCUCGGGCUCCUACCCGGGCCUUCGAACGCGCUAUGUCGUGCAUAGAGUCGAGUUCCAACUGCCCACCCUUCGCACCGAGACCGGGCCGGGUCUACCAGGGCUCAACAGCGAGCCUCUCACUGGUUGGGGACCGGCGCCCGAGGCUGUCCCCGACGAUAAGCUGAAGCUGCUCCUGGGGGAGCUCGGGCUCCCAUCUGCGCGGAGCUUUCAAUCUGUGGAAGGAGUGCUGGGUGCCGGAAACGGUGGCCGGGUCCACUUGUGGAAGUGGGUGAUGCACGAG